CUUUCUUCCACCCACGCCUUUUAGUACCAUACUCCCAGCUUCAUUAAUCUCCUAAUACGGUUAUGGUUUCUAGUACAUUCAAAGUCGGUUGUGGUUACUUCACCUUAUUCCUUCCUAACUAGCUUAGCAUGUAUGUAAUGUGAAUAAUAAGAUGUUGCACUCUAUUAUAUACAACAUGAUUCACUAGAAUUACUUUAAUUAUUUGUGACAAAAAAAAUAAUCUAUUUGAAAAAUACUACUCUUUGAUAUUUGAAUUUAGUGAUGAAUACGGGUAAAUACAGUUCUAUAUUAUGUGGUACCGAUUCAAUAUUGCAGUUGAUUAAUUAAAAAUCUUUUACUCUGCAUAAAUUUUCAAACCACUAAUAAAAUAAUAAUGGUUUGGAUGAAAUUGAUAUCCAGCUGGCUGUUAUAUUGUAUAGAUGUAACGAUUAGAAUGUUGAAAAACAAGAAGACAACUUCUCGAUACCUAACUCCAUUCCCUUCCAUUAAUCCGGGAGUGGAUCAGGUCAGUAACCAUAAGUAAUCUAUCCACAUCAGCAUGACAUCAGUAGCCUCUCUCUCUUGGAAAGUCUUUUAUAUUUUCCCUUUUAAUCUUUAACAAAUGAUUUCUCUCUCGUUUUAAGUCGAAAAUUAAUUUUUUUUGCACAGAUAAAUCAGAUUAAAUAUGCUCUUCAAAAUGAUAUCCACUUUGAUAUAUUUUUAAUACAAAAAAUUGAAUAAUUUUUUACCAGUCAUUACCAUAUGGUAUGCUCCAAUUUAAUACCAUAUGGUAAGAAAUCGUACCAUGAUGGUAUGAACAUACCAAUAUGGUAAGAAGGUUGAAUACAUGAUAGUAGGAGUAUAUUAACUGUUAUUUACGACUUUCAUCAUUGUUUACUACAAGUUACCACAGGUUACCAAUCACAUACCAUAGUGGUAAAGUAUGAUAAUUUUUUAUCCAGUAUUUUUUCACCCAGAAAUUUAUAGAUCCAAUAGAUCAUGAUGAACUCGUUCCUUCUGAGCAAAUGUUUUGAAAAACGACUUAAAACGAAGAAGUUACCAUAUGGUAUGUAGUUGGUAAAAAAAAAAGUUUCUCGAAAUAUAUUGAAAAUUGAUCUCAUUUAGUAGAGCACAACAAACUCGUUCCAUCUGUGCAAAAAAAAAAAAAUUGAAAUCCGGGUUAGAACGAAGAAGAUAAGAGCCAAUUAAGAAAACUAGAGAAAAUAAAAUGCCUUUAAUUGAUAAUCCUUAGAUCUGAAUUUUCUGGACCCACUUAAAUCUAAAAGUUCAGAAUUAAUUACUCAUAGGUUAGUAACCAUUGGUUACUCACCCUAUCCCAAGCCCAUUAAUCCUUCCCCUGCCUUUCCUACCUAUAUACCAUUUACUUCCUUGUCUUUCUUUCUGAUAAUUUCUAGGGUUAAUAUUUUCGUAUGGCCUGAACUUUGACAAAAAUAAACAUCUUGGCCAAUCUUUUCGAUCUAUAACAUCUUGUCUAGUAAUAGCUAGUUUCCCCCCUAUUCGGGUAUGUUCAACUCUUAUCCCACAAAUUUGAGCUAACAAUCCCUUAUUACUAAAUAUAUUUUCAGGAGGAAUCAAAAUAAGGCGUUAUUUGAAACAAAUAUAUAUAUAUAUAUAUAUAUAUAUAUAUAUAUAUAUAUAUAUAUAUAGUACUCGAGCUCAUGCCUCAUUCUUUCCACAAGCAAUAUAAAGGAGUGAGUAUCCAUAAAAAUUAGCAUGCAUUAAGGAAAGGAGACUGAGAUGGAGAAUGUAGGUUGAACAUUAUUCUAAAUUGAUGUUCAAAAAUAAAGAAUUGCACCCCAAGAUUGAAGCAAUGCAAUGAGAAAGAAGACAAUACUACUAAUUCUUUCAUGGUAUACUCACACAAGAAAACCAAUACCAUAGUAAAAAAUGAAGUCUGAAAGAGGCAAACCUCAAGACUUAAAGAUAACCCCUUCCGUAUAGAAGAUUCAGCCUCUUGUAUAUUUCCUGCAUCAAGCCUUGCUUCUACCUCGUCUGCUUUCAAGCCAAAGUUCAGGCCAUACGAAAAUAUUAACCCUAAUUUCUAAUUACCAUUUACAAAUAAAAAUAAUAAUUUUUAUUGCACUAAAACUGAUCGGGCCCAAAGAGAACUCCCUCCAAACGAGGCCGCAACGGGCUUUCACUUCACAGAAAAGACUUGUCAUGGACCCAACAGGUAAUAUGCUAAUUGGGCCAAAAGUCAAGCCAUCUUCACCACCGCCUUAAACUUAACCGGCCCGCGAAGAUCAUCACACGCUCUUAAUCCAGCGGCAAAGGGCUCUCCCCUCAUUCGCGCUAUAUAUUCAAGAUCUUCAAGUUUAGGGUUUCCUCUCCUAUUACCAGCAGCACAGCCACACGCAGCAGCCAGUGCUUCCAGGGUUUCUUCUUUCUUCCUUUCGGAUCCUUCCUUCCUUUGCAAAGAUGGUUUUGCAGAACGACGUGGAUUUGUUGAACCCACCUGCUGAUAUUGAGAAGAGGAAGCACAAGCUUAAGCGGCUUGUCCAGUCUCCCAAUUCGUUCUUCAUGGAUGUGAAAUGCCAAGGGUGUUUCAACAUAACAACUGUUUUUAGUCACUCUCAAACUGUGGUGGUCUGCGGCAACUGUCAGUCAGUCCUGUGCCAGCCUACUGGAGGCCGUGCCAGACUCACAGAGGGAUGCUCUUUCAGGAAGAAGGGUGAUUAGUUAUGUUUCGAAAAUCUAUGAAGUAGUCUGGCGUUCUAUGCUCGCAUAUGGAAUAUUAUCAAUGUUGGAUUAGUUUCUGUACCCUGUUUUCAUGAUGUUUGAUUGAGGACGCACUGUUGUUCCAUUUCGGGGAUGUUAUUUUGCGGUUGCUCCGUGAGUUCUAUUAAUAUCUAUUAUUGAGCAUAGUGUCAGUGCGUUUCUUUCUCUGUUUCAUGUUCUUGUAGCCGCUAGUUGAAGGUAUGUCAUCGUUGAAGGAUUACUGAUAUGUAGUCAUAUCUGAUGAUGAGUUACUACCUGAUGGGUGAGUAGAAUCAGUAAUUCUAUUGCUUCUUAUUUUGUGGUGAGAAUGUGGAACAGCCCUAGUCUUUAUGUGAUUGCUAGCAACAGUUUGGCUGAAGAUGUAUUGACCAUUUAGUUUUCGAUAGUGAAUGUGUUUCUCGCACAUUCUGGUUUGAGGCUGAUAUAUAGGCCUAUAGUGUAGGUUUUAGUUUCUGGUAGCAUAUAUCUGCUGGAAAUCAAAUUGGUAUGGCGUG